AUGGUCAGGGUGUCCAAGAGGAGUCAGAAUUUAGUAGAUACCAGAAAAUUCAAAAUAACAUAUGUAUGUAAUGAAUGUGGGAAAGAUUUUCAUCAGAGCUCAAAUUUUAUUAUACAUCAGAGAAUUCACACAGGAAAUAAACCCUAUGUAUAUAAUGAAUGUGGAAAGGGAUUUAAUCAGAGCUCUAAUUUUAUUAGACACCAGAGAAUUCACAGUGGAGAAAAUCCCUAUGAAGGUAAUGAAUGUGGGAAAGCCUUUAAAGGGAGCUCAAAUCUCAUUCUACAUCAAAGAAUUCACAGUGGAGGUAAACCCUAUGUAUGUAAUGAAUGUGGAAAAGCCUUCAACCAAAGUUCAGAUCUUAUUAUACAUCAUAGAAUUCAUACUGGAGAAAAACCCUUUGAAUGUUACGAAUGUGGAUAGACAUUCAUUCAGUGCUCACACCUUGUUACACAUCAGAGAAUUCACACUGGGGAGAAACCCUACAAAUGUAAUGAAUGUAGGAAAGCCUUCAGGCAGCAUUCACGUCUUACCGAACAUCAGAGAAUCCAUAGUGGAGAAAAACCCUAUAGAUGUAAAGAAUGUGGAAAGACUUUCAAUGGAAAAACAGCUUUUCUCAAACAUCAGAGAUUUCAUGCUGAAAAAAAACUUAAUGAAUGUGAACCAGCCUUUAAUCAAGACUCAGAACUAACUGGAGAAGAUAAUAAAAUUAACACUGGAGAGAAGCCUUAUGAAUGUAACGAAUGUAGAAAAGCUUUCAGGCAGCGUUGUCUCCUUAGUCAACAUAGAAGAAUCCAUAGUGUACAGAAACCCUAUGAGUGUCAUGAAUGUAGGAAGACCUUCAUUUGGGAAACCGGAGGACUCGGAUGUCAGUGGUUCGAGGGAGGGGACUGUAGUUGGCUGGGGGGAGAGGGGAGAAGAAAGAAGACUGGUCCCCAGCUAGCCAAGGAGGGCACCGGAAGUGACCGUUCCCACCUGGCCUGGUCUCGAGGGGCGGCGGUAAUGGCGGCUGCAGUGGGUGGGGCGCGGGCGAUGAGCGGGCAAGAGGCUGGUGGCAGCCUGGAGAAGCAGGAAUCCAAGAGACUGGUCUUCCCACAAGAGAAUCUCUACGAAGAUCAGAUGCUAGAGAAAGAUGGAAACAUGAGUCCAUUGGAUUCUGAGAACCAGACUGAAAAGAAGGAAUGGAAACUAAAGCAAGAAAAUUCUAGCGAUGAGUCAGUUCAGGCAACAUCAGAAACAAUUUCAAGUCAGAUUCCCCAAAAAUUUGAGUUAGCAGAAACCAGGGUAUGUGAAGAUGAGUUAAAGAAGCAAAGUUUAAAUGUUUCAGGGGAUGGACUGAGCCAGACCCACUCCCAAAAGAGAAGGUUCAGGCAAGUGAAUAUCAGCCAAAGGAAAGGCCUUAUAGGAGAAAGCAGCAAGGAAUAUGAUGAGGGAGAGGGAAAUGUCAAUGGGAACUCAAACCUUGUUACACAUCAGAGAGCUCCAGCAGGAGAGGAAUCCCAGAGAUGUGAAACAUAUGAUCAGAGACUAAAAGAAAAGCCAGAACUUACUGAAUCUCAAAAAAUUCAUACUUUAAAGAGAAUUCAUGAGUGUAAUGAAUGUGGAAAAGUGUUUAGCCGGGGAUCAAAUCUUACUAUACAUCAAAGAAUUCAUACAGGAAAGAAACCCUAUAUAUGUGAUGAAUGUGGGAAAGGUUUUAAUCAGAGCUCCAAUCUCUGUAGACAUCAGAGAAUUCAUACUGGGGAGAAUCCUUAUGAAUGUAAUGAAUGUGGAAGAGCCUUCAGGGGGAGCUCAAACCUUAUCCUACAUCGGAGAAUUCACAGUGAAGGGAAACCCUAUGUUUGUAAAGAUUGUGGCAAAGCCUUCAAUCAGAGCUCAGAUCUCAUUAUACAUCAUAGAAUUCAUACUGGAGAAAAACCCUAUGAAUGUAAUGAGUGUGGGAAAGCUUUUAGUCAGAGUUCACACCUUGUUACACACAAGAGAAUUCAUACUGGGGAGAAACCCUAUGAAUGUAGUGAAUGUGGAAAAACAUUCAGACAGAGUUCACUCCUUCUUCAACAUCAAAGGAUCCACAGUGGAGAGAAACCUUAUGGAUGUCACAAAUGUGGGAAAACCUUUAGUGGACGCACGGUCUUUCUUAAGCAUCAAAGACUUCAUGCUAUUGAUGAACUUGAUGAACAGACCUUCAAUCAGGACACAGACCUUACUGGACAGCAAAGCAUUAAUAAGGAAGAGAAGCUUUAUGAAUGUAAUGAAUGUGGAAAAGCUUUCCGGUGUAGCUCAGAUCUGAUUAGACAUCAGAUAAUUCACACUGGUGAGAAACCCUAUGAAUGUAAUGAAUGUGGUAAAGCUUUCAGUCGGAACUCAAUCCUUAUAGAACAUCAGAGAAUUCAUACAGGAGAAAAGCCUUAUAAAUGUAGUGAAUGUGAGAAAGCUUUCAGAGGGAGCUCACAACUUAUUCAGCAUCAGAGAAUUCAUAGUGGAAAGAAGCCCUAUGAAUGCAAUGAAUGUGGGAAAACAUUUAAUCAGAGUUCAGACCUUAAUAGACAUCAUAGAAUUCAUAGUGGAGAGAAGCCCUAUGAAUGCAAUAAAUGUGGGAAAGCCUUCAGGUGGAGCUCAGAUCUUGGUAGGCAUCAGAAAAUUCAUAUUAAAAAGAACAUUUAUGAAUGCAAUCAGUGCAAAAAAGUCUUUAGUCAGAGUUUGGCCUUUACUCAGCAUCAAAGAAUCCACACUAGAGAAUAAUCUUAUGAAUAUAAUGAGGAAAUGAAAGCUGAUUUUUACUUUUGUUAAAUUCCACAGAGUACAUUUUGUGGUACAGUCUCAUAGGAAACUGAGGUCCUUAAGAGCAGGAGAGGUUUCCCAGUAACCCAUUUUAAUCAUCAAGAACUCUAUAACAGGGAUAUACUGGAAAUGAUUGAGAUGGAAAUGUAUCAUCCUUGCCUAAAGUUUCUGUGACAACAGAAAAAAGGUAUAAAUUGGGUAGAACAAUCUGACCUCUUCUCAUUUAAUGCCCCCAUCACAGCAGGUAAAGUCCAGCAGCCUGCCAACAAACUAUUGAGGUCCUCAGCAGUAAUACUAGAGGAGAAGUUGAGUAGGUUUGAGUAGGGACAUAGUCUUCUGGAGGGAAAAAAAAGCUGGAUCAGAGGAUCUAAUUGUAAGAAAUAGACACCCUCUCAGCCUCAGUUUCCUCAUCUUUAAAAUGAUGCUGCCUACCUCACAGGGUGGUUGUGAGAAUCAGUGUCACAAUAUAUGAAAAGUUCUUUGCAAAACUGAAAGUGUUAUAUAAGUAUUAACAUGAUCUCAACCCUAGAACACCUUUAAUUCUAUUUUUCCCUUUUUGAAUUUUAAUACCAUUUAAAAUAGCUUUUCUGGGGCAGCUAGAUUGCACAGUGGAUAGAGCACCAGCCCUGGAGUCAGGAGUACUUGAGUUCAAAUCCAGCCUCAAACACUUAACACUUACUAGCUGUGUGACCCUGGGCAAGUCACUUAACCCCAAUUGCCUCACUAAAAAAAAAAUUUUUUUAAUAGCUUUUCCAUAUACACAACAAAACAUAAAGAGGAUUAUUUAUAAAACCAUGAAUUUUUAUUUCAUACCACUUAUCAUUUAUAGUACAAAAAAAGUUAUAAUAAA